AUGAUGGAUUCGAGUCUAACAGCUGCUUCUCAGACAUCACCAAAGAAAGAUCGUAAAGGAUCUAGUGACAAAAAAUUCGCUGAUAGUGGGAUUAGCUCUGUUACUUCUUCCCCAAUGGCGACAAUUCAGGAUGACGAUGAGCGGCUGUUGGCCAGGAUUGGGUAUAAACAAGAAAUGAGACGGGAAUUCUCAAAAUGGUCAACGAUAUCCUAUGCAAUUUCGAUAUUAGGGGUGUUAGGGUCCGUACCAGCAACUUUUGGUCAGCCACUCAGCGCAGGAGGACCUGCAACAGCCGUAUGGUGUUGGUUAAUUGGUUCGAUAAUGGCAAUGUGCAUUGGAUCAUCGGUGGCAGAGCUGGUGUCUGCUUAUCCUACGGCAGGAGGGAUGUAUUUUGUGACUAAACAUGUAGUCCCAAAAGACCAAGUCCCAAUAUUUGCCUGGAUUCAAGGUUGGUGUAAUUUAUUGGGUCAAACUGCUGGUGUUUCAAGCGUUGCCUACACAGUAAGCCAGAUGUUACUGGCUGCUGCCAGUAUGAACUCGACCCUGGAUGAUGAAGGCAAUUAUUCCUUUAAACCGACUGCCCUUCAGACUGUACUACUUUCAAUUGCACUUCUUUGCAUAAUGGGUAUUAUCUGCUCUUUAACAACAAAGAGCUUGCACCGAAUUAUUCUUUGGUUCGCUCCGAUAAAUAUCCUCGCAUCAAUUGGGAUAUGCAUUGCCCUUCUUGUUCUUACUCCAAACAAGCAGCCAGCCUCCUGGGUAUUCACCAACGUCACGGACGGAUCUGGAUGGCACUCAAAGGCUUUUUCUUUCCUUCUCGGUUUCAUUGCCGUUGCUUGGACGAUGACGGACUAUGACGGAACUACUCACAUGUCAGAGGAAACCCAUGACGCAGCUAUCAGAGGUCCGGUCGCCAUCCAGACUGCAGUUGUGGUAUCUGGAGCUUUUGGAUGGAUGUUGACCGUCACUAUGUGCUUUUGCAUAACUGACCUUGAGGCUGUUCUCAAGUCACCAACCGGUCUCCCUGCCGCACAGAUCUUUCUCGACGCUGGUGGUAAGACAGGCGGCACAAUUAUGUGGUCUUUUGCUGUUCUCGUGCAGUUCUUCACAGGCUGCUCUGCUAUGUUGGCAGAUACCAGAAUGGCAUACGCUUUUGCUCGUGACAACGCCUUGCCGUUUUCAAAGGCAUUGGCAAAAGUAAACCCAUAUACUCUCACCCCGGUAAACGCGGUGUGGUUUGUUGUUUUCUUUUCCAUAUGCCUCAACUGUAUCGCUAUAGGCUCUACCGAAACCGCCUCAUCGAUCUUUAGCAUCACUGCCCCAUGCCUGGACCUUUCCUAUAUCGGUGUCAUUCUAGCACAUCGUUUAUACAAGAACAAAGUGAAAUUCAUCGAGGGACCCUUUACCCUCGGCAGCUGGGGGGCUACCAUAAACUGGAUUUCCAUUGUUUGGGUGCUCUUUAUCAGCGUUGUCCUGUUUUUCCCUCCAAUUCAGCCCGUAACGCCGCAGAAUAUGAAUUAUGCUAGUGUUGUAGUGGCUUUUAUUGCACUUUUUGCGCUUUCGUGGUGGUGGCUAUCUGCUGGAAAGCGAUACACCGGUCCCCGCACCAAGGACCUCCUUGAAGAAGUUCCGUCGGAUGAUUUCGACACGGGGCCGUAUGGCAGCCUUGGUGUCUGA